AUGUUGGAAGACAUUGGAAAGAUUGAGAGGGUUAAGAGAGCCAUUGGAAAAGGCAUAAAACUUGUAGGUUUCAUAUACAACCAUUCAUUGGCUUUGAACACAAUGAGAAGGUUUACAAAUAAGACCGAAUUGGUUAGGCAUGGAGUCACAAGGUUUGCUACGACAUUCCUUACAUUGCAAAGGUUGCACAAACAAAGAAAAAACCUUAGGAACAUGUUCAUUUCUGAGGAUUGGGAGAAUUCCAAGGCAUCCAAAGACCCCAAGGGGAAAGUGGCAAGAAGGACUGUACUUAUGCCUGCCUUUUGGAAUGAUGUUUUUUUCUCACUUAAGGUUAUGGGGCCUCUUGUGCGUGUGCUUAGACUUGUUGACAAUGAGAAAAAACUUGCAAUGGGCUAUAUUUAUGAGGCAAUGGAUAGGGCCAAGGAGGCAAUUCAAAAAUCAUUCGGUGGAGAUGAACAAAAGUACAAAGACAUAUUUGCUAUCAUUGAUACAAGAUGGGAAUGCCAACUUCAUCAUCUUUUGCAUGCAGCGGGCCAUUAUCUAAAUCCUGAAUUCUUUUAUGGCAAUGAUUCAAUUGGAAAUGAUAGAGAAGUGAUGGUUGGCCUUUUCAAAUGCAUUGAGAGGCUAAGUGCAAAUGAGGCAGAAAAUGAUACAAUUACAAUGCAAUUAGAAUCAUAUAGGACUGCUGAAGGCCUCUUUGGUAUCAAAUCAGCAAUAAGGCAAAUGACUUUAUUAGCUCCAACUCAAUGGUGGAAGUUGUAUGGCUCUCAAACUCCAAAUUUGAGAGACUUUGCCAUUAAGGUGUUGAGUUUGACUUGUAGCUCAUCCGGGUGUGAGCGCAAUUGGAGUACUUUUGAACACAUUCAUUCCAAAAAGAGAAGUAGGCUUGAGCAUCAAAAGUUGCAAGAUUUGGUUUUUAUUAAGUACAAUCAAGCUCUUAAACAUCGCUAUGACAGUCAUGAUGUGAUUGAUCUCAUCAUCCUAAAAGACAUUGAUGAUAGCAAUGAGUGGUUGGUGGGAGAAGUGGGUGAAGAUAAUGCUGAAGAUGAGAAUAUUUUUUAUGAUGAUACUUUGACUUUGGGAGUUGUUGCUGAUGCAAGUGGGAUUGGAGAGCCUCUGACAUACACAAGGCUACAGACAAGAGGAACAAGAAUGGUUAACCAAGUUGUACCUUCAGUUUUAAGUGAAGAUGAGGAAGAGCAAAUCUAUAAGCUUAGUUCAAGUGAAGAUGGGAUUGAGGGAGAAGAUCUUGUGCACUUUUUUGGAUGCAAGCUUGUGCACUUUUUUGGAUGCAAGUUUGUGCAUUUUUUUGGAUACAAGUUUGUGCAGUUUUUUGGAUACAAGUUUGUGAACUUUUAA